AUGUCGCAAGCACAGCAGUUCGACCACACGGAUUCCAUAUCGAGCCAGGACCCGAACCGCGUCGAGGAGCCCAAGAAGACGAAGAGCAGGAGACCACCGAAUACUGCGUUUCGACAACAGCGAUUGAAAGCAUGGCAACCCAUCUUAACCCCGAAGACGGUCCUGCCGCUGUUCUUCAUUGUCGGCGUCAUUUUUGCGCCCAUCGGCGGGCUGCUGCUACUAGCUAGUGCAAAGGUCCAGGAGCUCUCCAUCGACUACACCAACUGCAAAACCGCGCCGUGGACCGAGGCAGACUUCGAUGCUUCAAGAAAGAGCACACUGGCAAAUAUAAAUCCGGACAGGGUGUCGGCCGUAUUCAAGCAACCGAUGACAGUGCAGCCUCAGUGGGGGCAUUCCUACGAGAACUAUACCUGGCCGUCGGGCGUGACGCAAAACACUAGUGUCUGCAUAUUGAGCAUCACCAUACCGAACGAUAUCACUCCCCCCGUUCUGUUCUACUACCGCCUCACCAAUUUCUACCAGAAUCACCGCCGUUACGUCAAGUCUAUAGACACCCAGCAACUAAAGGGCACCGCGCGCACUGCCGGCGACAUCAAGUCUGGCGACUGCUCUCCUCUCGGUAUAUCCCCUGAUGGCCGACCGUAUUACCCGUGCGGGCUAAUCGCAAAUUCCAUGUUCAAUGACACCUUUGGAAACUUUACUGCUGCGAACCCUCAGCAGACCGGAGAUGGCAACACUGCCUCUACGUCCUACAACAUGACCAAAGCGGGCACUUCGUGGAGUCACGAAGGCGAUCUCUAUGGAAAGACGGCUUACAAGUCACAUGAAGUCGUGCCUCCACCUUACUGGCAGGAGCAGUACCCUGAUGGUAGCUACAACAAUACGGAACUCCCAAACCUGCACACUUGGGAGGAAUUCCAGGUCUGGAUGAGAACAGCAGGAUUACCCACCUUCAGUAAACUAGCGCAAAGGAACGACCAUGAUGUUCUAAAGGCCGGCACCUACCGGCUAAAAAUCUAUGAUCGCUUCCCGGUGAACAAGUACAGCGGUAAUAAAUCAAUUCUGCUCUCCACGCGCACCGUCAUGGGUGGCAAGAAUCCUUUCCUCGGCAUUGCGUACCUUGUCGUGGGUGGUCUCUGCAUUCUGCUCGGUGCCGUCUUCCUCGCCACUCAUCUCAUCAAGCCAAGGAAACUUGGCGAUCACACCUACCUCACAUGGAACAACGAGCCUAAUACGGGCACGACUACCGGACGUAACGUAGGUGGUGCAUAA